UGGCCGCCCUCGAGACAGCCGGUGCCGCUGGGUGAGGAGGUGCCAUUGGCCCCUUUGACCUGCUCUGGAGUGGAUGAACUUGAAAUCCUCCUCAGCUUUCCGGUCGGAGCACAGCUUCCACCACCACAGCCGCUCCUCAUCGCCCGCUUGCCCCAUGGAGCUUUUUGGGAGCUUCGCCAGGCCCCACGAGCCGAUGGGCUUCCCAGCUCGGCCCAGCACCAAUGGCAACGUGAAGACCCUGGGCAACACCUACCAGUUCACAGUGGAUGUCAGCGACUUCGCCCCUGAGGACAUCAUUGUCACCACCUCCAACAACCAGAUUGAGGUGCACGCUGAGAAGCUGGCUGCGGAUGGCACCGUCAUGAACACCUUCACCCAUAAGUGCCAGCUGCCCGAGGAUGUGGAUCCCACAUCGGUGUCAUCCUCGCUGGGGGACAACGGCACGCUGACCAUCCGCGCCGUGAGGCAGCCGGCUAAACACAGCGAGCACGUCCAGCAGAUCUUCAGGACUGAGAUCAAAAUCUGAGAGGCCGGGGGCAGCGCCAGGGCCGGGCCUUUCCCCUGCCCCGUGGGUAGAUUGCGGGGUGCUCCCUUAUUUAUCUAGCUGUCUGUCUGCUCCCCGGCAAGCUGGCUGCCACCCCGCUGGUUUGGGAUGGAGGGGAUGCUGUGGAGGGGAUGGGAGUGCUCCCCGCAGGCUCCCUAGGAGGUAUGAGGUGAAACCCGCACACAGCAUGAGCAUCCCUCACUGCAGGACCCACAAGAGAUUGCAGGCAUCAUUUUGGGGCUGGACUGGGAAGACCUGGAGGUCCCACAGCAGUCGUGGUGGUGGUGGUGGUUGCGGGUUUGCCUGCAGGACGGAUACGAGGAGUGAGGCUGGGGAGCGAGCCCUUCCCUGACCCUCUGCUGGAGCUUUUCUUUGUAUAUACAGCUUGUACUGGGUUAUGAGAGAUAACUGAGAACUGCUGUCUCCUCCUUUCAUUCUUCUGCUUUCCUGAUGCUUUUUCCCCAAAGGAGCCGAGUUAAAAGCACAGAGCAGCUGCAGGCUCAGCUCCAAUGGGGACCUCAGUAGCAGGGACCACAAUUCCUCCUGGAUGCAAACAAGAAGCUGGCCCCAGCAUCCCUGCUCCAUGCCCACCUCCUUGUUUAUUUCCAGUCCCAGUGACUCACUUCUUCCUGGCCGCUCUAUUUCUAAGCCCUUCCCUCAGCUGCUCGGCUGCCAGCCCACCUUGGAAGGUCACCAAACCCUCUUCUCCUUUUUGCCCACCACCAAGCCCUAGACGGCAGCAGGCUGGGGCAGAGAGGCUGCCAAACCCAGGGUUCCUUCCUUUGUGGGACCAACCACUGCCCCGAAGCCACCCCAUGUGUACAAACACAGCACAGGGCUGUUUAUAGAGACCACACAGCUCAUGUUACCUUGGCACGGGUGCGAGGUCGGCUUGUCCCAUAAUGGCUUGUGAUCAGCAUUAACAUGCCUGUAAUGCUACAAGGACAUUCAAAGGGAUCUAGCUGGUGCCUUUCGCUGUUUUAUUUCUGUCCCACGCUCACCUCGGGUGAGGCAGGAGCUGCUGCAGGGCUUGGUGGAGUCCUUGCUGCAAGGAAAAAUGUUUAAACGGUGUCAAAAAACCUCCCAAAGAGCCCAGUACAGCUCAGAAAAUUGGAACUGUGCAUCUAUGGGGAUAUGAGCGACAGGAUGCAUCCACCGUGCCCCAAAAUGCCACCCCACGGCACCUGGCACCCACACACUGCAGUCACACGGUGCCACCUAGUGGCGAGGAGGACAGACAAAAGACCCAAAGGGAAGAAAAAAGGGUUUUUCACCCCAAAGCUGCCUGGUUUCGGGGUGGGAACUGGGGGACAGAGUGAAAAGCAGCUCAGAGGUCCAACGCUGAACAUGGCCCUGCGAGGGGCUCAUUGCUGGCAGGCUGGCCAUGCCACACGCACCUGACAGGGAAGCUGGUACAUGAGAACAGCUGCCUGCACAGCUGUGGCAGUUGGGCCACCCUCGCCUCACCAGCACCUUGUGAAGAACAACCCUGCCCCGACGCUCCUCUCAAGCGGCCAUCCCUGCACUACACCUUUCCUAUGGGAAGCCGCACAGAGG